AGAAAUUCAUAAAGAGGAUAUGAAAGGAUUCUGGUAUCUCUCCCUUUAUUCUCCUGAUAAUGUUAAUCCAGGAUAGUUUCACAAUCACGAAAAAUAGGAACUCCAUUUGAUUGUUGUGGACGACUGAACGAUAAAGGAACAUACUGGAUUUAUGCCAACCUUAUAUGUACGCAAUUCUUUUGUGGUUUCACAUUUUAAAAAACUUAACCGAGCGAGUAAGUGUACCAAACGCGACGUUCCUAAAAACUUGUAUUUCUUAAUGACGAAACCUCUGUUAGUAGUCGUAGUUCUCGUGUGCCUUAAUGGGUACGUGUGGAGUGUAGCAUCGGCAAUGCCACAGCAGUCCUUCAAGUCGUUCUGGCUUGCAGACACAACGCUCAAUCAUGAGCCUGAUCACAGGAGUGACGCGUUGUGCGCUGGGCAAGCCGAUGGCUUCUACCCGAUUGAAGGCUGCACUGGGAAUUACUACGCAUGUAUCGAGCAGACCUACUACCCCCAGGUUUGCCCAAGCGGAGGCAUCUUUGAUCCGACUCUUCUUAAAUGUGUAUCCCCUGAUACAGCUUCAUGCUUAACCACCAUCCCUCCAACUACCACGACGACUAUAAAGCCUUUCAGCUGUCCAACUGAUGGCUACUAUCCAGUUGCCGCGUGCAGUUCUAGCUAUUACAUAUGCAUAGGCACUGAUGUUUAUCCACAGAUGUGCCCUGGAGGAGGUGUUUUUGAACCUUCAUUAUUGACCUGCGUCUCCGUGGAUACAGCGCCAUGCAGAGCCACAACAACGACGUCAACGACUACUACGACAACGACCACUACUCUGCCACCAUUUACCUGCACAGCUGAUGGAUUUUAUGAAAUUGCCCCUUGCAUGCAGACGUAUUACAUUUGCAUUGGGGGAGUUGAAUACCCAGAGACCUGUCCAGGAACUGGCAUUUUUGUGGGACCACCCACUUCAGCUUGCAAACGACCAGAAGACACUACCUGUUUUUUGACUACUGAACUUCCAACCCCCGAGACCCCAACCCCCGAGACCCCAACCGCCGAAACUCCGACCGCCGAGACCCCAACCGCCGAGACUCCGACCGCCGAGACUCCGACCGCCGAGACCCCGACCGCCGAGACUCCGACCGCCGAGACCCCGACCGCCGAGACUCCGACCGCCGAGACUCCGACCGCCGAGACUCCGACCGCCGAGACUCCGACCGCCGAGACUCCGACCGCCGAGACCCCAAAUCCAGCCUGUAUCUGUGAAAAUGGUACUAACACGUGUUACCAACCUUUACGCCCCGAUAUUUGUAUACAAGAUUAUUAUUCUUGCUUCAAUGGAUCAUUGUAUCCUCAGAGUUGUCCUUUCCCUAACGUUUUUGACCCCGUACUUGGUGGAUGCACAGGACCAAGUAACGCAUCGUGCUCUAAGACUACCACCAGCUUUGCCAUCGCCAUAGCUCGAAUAUGUUUCGAUUUGAUGAAGCAAGACACUAAUCUGGAUUCCAUCCCUAGCUCAUGAUAGCGAAGGGAAGUUUGAAUGAUGUGGUCGGCCUUCUGAAAUUCCGUUUUUUUACCAACAAUUUCGUUAGCAAUACAGUUUACAAGAUCGUUAUACAAUAUUUCAGGUUCAUAUAUUCUGGAAUAAAUCUUAGUAAUACAGCACGAAAA